GCAAAAUGCUGCCUUGUACAACCCAUGUUUUCAUCCCUGAUUAUGUGAUAAUUAUCAAUUUUAAUUUAUUAUUACUACUAACUAAAUUUAAGGGUCUGAAAAUUUGAAAAAGGCCAGAAGUUUAAUUCAUGGUUCAGGCUAUUGACACAUGAUAUUAUUAGAACAGUGUGUGUUGGUUUCAUUGGUGGGGGUGGAAGCUCCAAUCCAAUGGCCAUAUCUUUGCGUAUAUGAUGCACAGUGAAACAAUCAACCCGCUUCAUCAAUCUCUGUUGUUGCACUGCCAUCAAUGUCCACCACCAUUUCUUCCCUUCCCUUCUCUCUCCCCCUUCACCACAACUCUAGGGUUUCACCUUUCUAUCUACCUUCCUCUCCUAUUCCAUCCCAAUCAUCUAUCACCUUUCCCACAAAAAAAUGGAGAUUUUUGUGUUUUAAACAUGAAAACACUUCAUCAGAAAUUAAUGUUCCUGAGCUCAAGGACGAUAAAUUGGCGGAAGAUUUGGUGAAGCGUGAAGGUGACCAGUCCAAUGACCUGAAAAAAGAUUGGUUUGCUGCUAUUCGUGCGGUCAUAACUGUUAUUCAUAGUGUGAAACCGUGGACAGUUCCUUGGACAGCAAAAACUAUUGUCCAGGUUAUGCUCCUCUGGAUUGCCUCAUUUUGGUUUGUAGGAUCUUGGAUAGUUCCAUUUUUAGCAUACACAGCAGGGUUUAGAAAGGAAUCCCUCACAUACAGAGGGCAAGCAUUGUACAGCCUCUUGACCGAUGUUGCCGAGGGUGUGGUUGGGAUAGCAAUUCUUCGGCAUUGUCUUGCAAAGUUUCAACCUCUUUCAUCUGAUUGGUUCAAAUUUGAACUGAAGGGGAAGUGGCAGUUUGAUGUCGGUUUGGGCUGCCUUAUGUUCCCCCUUAUCAAUCAGCUAUCACAAAUGAACCUAAAUUUGUUGCCUGUUCUUCAAUAUACUCCAGUUCCCAUCUCAAGUGUAGAGCAAUCCAUUGUUGCUCGAGAUCCUGUGGCAAUGGCGCUCUAUGCAGUGGUAGUCUCAGUUUGUGCCCCAAUAUGGGAGGAGAUUGUCUUCCGUGGUUUCCUUCUCCCAUCUUUAACCAAAUACAUGCCUGUAUGGAGUGCAAUAUUAGUUAGUUCGGUAUCUUUUGCCUUGGCACAUUUUAACAUUCAGAGGAUACUACCGCUUGUAUUUCUUGGUAUGGUGAUGGGUACUGUCUUUGUACGGUCUAGGAACCUCUUGCCAUCAAUGUUGUUGCAUAGUUUGUGGAAUGCUUUUGUAUUUCUGGAUCUCAUGAAAUAAAAUAUAUGUUUUUGACUCUCUUCUUA